AUGUCGACGUCGAAGAUUCCUGAGAAAUUGGAGCAGCUGAUGAACAAUCAAAAUGAUACAAGAUUCAACGUGGCGGAAAGAAUGGUGGACGUGGAAUAUAUUGAGCAAAGAGACUGGAAGGUGGCUGAGGGAGAUAUUGAUACGGGAUUCUGGGAGCAUUUGAUGGUCCCGAUGGUCCCGGCAUCUGGAACAUUCCAGUUAACCCCAUUUCUUUUACAAAUUGAAACAGUUUGCUCUCGCAUUGGACUUCCAAAUGAUCCGUAUAAACCCGAUGGAAUCAGAAGUUCUCGAGAGACACGUGGAUUAUCAAUUAUCUCUAUGUCUUCGUCCGAUUCAUCUCUUGGUGAUUUAUAUGGAGAAUAUUCAGAACGCAAUGAUUUACGAGGUGGUGAUGGAGAACGAGGUGACAUGCCAUCUCCAAAUUUCAAGUAUCUCGUGGCGACUUGA